AUGGCUGCAUCGGCGACUGUGCGGCCGCAUUCAUCCAGCAGCUCUGCUUCCUCCACACCUUGGCUCUCUCCCGAAGCUUCAAGCUGCACUUGGCGCACUUCGUCUACCUCAUCCUCCAACUUCAGUCACCAUUCGAGCCCUGGCCCUGUUUCAUUCAGCUUCAACACGAUGGACUCGGCAACUUUGCCACCGCGCGACCCACACUCGCAAGAAUGGUGGGAGCACAUCUUGCCUCCAGGCCAGCUUGCAGAGCGACUUCGCAAGGCGCAACGCUCUUCGAGUGCGUCUCGCCGACGCAAUAACCCCGCUCUCGCUCACGCCACGCCUUCGGAACGAAGCGCUUGGAAGCGACUCUCUGGUCUCCCCACCGAGCAGCGUCAACAAGACCAAUCCGAAUCCUCCACUGCCGCCUCUAGCAGGAGAUCGUCCUUCCACGCCGGCACAUCCGCCACUUUGCCUCGCUCAGCACUCAAGUCGAGCCACCGCUCGCACGACGCCGCUUCCCUCAAGCAUGCCCACGCGCAUCAGUCAGAGUCGAGCCUAGCAGACGGCUCCAGCGACGAGUUUGGUGGUGCAUCGACAGGUCAACACACUCCACAGCAUCACAUCCGUUUUGCAUUCCCAACCGCCGAGGAGCGCGACUUUAGCUCGACAAGGCGACCAGGUGUGCGAACCACAGCCAACAGCCCCGAGAUGGUCUCGUCUUGCACCUGGUCCGAAUCGACAAGCGUCACAGAUGCCUCGGACUCGGGCCACACCUUCUCUCGCAGCACCAGUGGGCGAAGGAUGCGCGUCAUGAGCGAAGACGGUAUUGCUUCGUCGUUGUUCGCCUCGUCCCAAUCUAGCUCUUCUUGUCACCGAAUCCCGGUAUCGCAUUCCGCAGUGCACCUCGGCAAGUAUGCUACUGGCGCCAACAACCCUAGCACAUGGACCAGUCUCGCAGCCGAUCAAAGCGCGCCCAGCAAGUAUGCGAACCACGCUCUGCCCGAUACACCAGAGCUCAGCUCGGAUGACAGCGCAGACGUGACAAAGUUUAGCACCACCACAGCUCAGCGAGUUCGCAAGAGCAGCACUACCAGGACCACACUCAGGUGUUCGUCUUGGACCACCACGGCCAAGCUUGCGUCGGCGCCAACGAUCGCUCACACGCACGCUGAUCGGCGCCGCGCGCCAGCUUGCAGCGUUAGCGUCGAGGAUGCCGACGCGUACGUUGGCCCUGCCAAUCGACGCGACCGACAUGUAAGCUUCGAUCAGGCUACCAGGAUUCACCAACAACCCACGGUCGAAGACUACCCAGAGCCGUUAAGCUCGAGCCAGUCAGCGUUGAAUUUCGGCACCACGUUUGACUCGCUACCGCCGCGGUCCAACAGCACGAGACGCGCGCGUCAGGGCGUUCGCGCAAGUGCGCGCCGUACUACGAGCUUCUCUUUGCCCAACAGCCGACGUGGUUCGCUCCGUGAAGAUUCGGCGUUUCAGCAUGCGGGGACGCGGGCGGGUGGUGCAGCGCCAAGCGCAGGUGCUCGCGCUCAACAACAUCGUCGUUCAAGCUCGGUUCCGGAUGCAGUGCUUCUGGAAAGCCUCAAUGUGGCGCACAAACAGCUCGCAUCAGCGGGAAAUCUGGCGCUCGCUUUGACACGUCAGCUGUCAGCACCGUUGCGACCGGUACUGCAUAUGACGCUCUUCUUGAGCAUAUCGAGCAUCACCGUGCUCUCGCUCGCGUGCUUUUUGUGCGCGAGCUACAUGCUCACGGCGUGGGACGACGUGAGCGAGCGCACGCAGCGCGUCGGCGCAGUGGCCGGAAGGACCAGGCACAGAUUUGGAACGACGUUGGACUGGGGUUUGCGCAUGCUCGCAGUCGAUGUCGGUAGCAGCGCGAGCGCGAGCGCGAGCACGAGCACGAACAGCGAAGCGCGCCACCAGCCGUCUGUGCCGAACCAGCGUCGGUUCGCGUCGACGAGCCGCUCGUCCGACACGCAUACGCGUCGCGCCGCCGUGCUUGCGGCACGACAUGUGAUCUUCUGGCCCGCACGCCUCGCGUUUUCAGCAACCACGAUGGUCGCCCAUACCAUCACCCCACCCAGCAUCAGCAACAUGUUUGCAAAGUCGCAUCAGCCCAAGCCUAAACGCACUUCGAGCCUUCCACCGCGCCCGCCACUCUCGACGCUGGUGCCGUCGAUCUUGUUUACGCUCGUCCUCGCCAUCGGCGCUGGAUUGACUAGUUUCCUCGCCAGCAGAAACGCGGCAGCCCAAGCCCAAGCCCAACCCCAACCCGACGCCCCACCACGCGAGUCUCGCCUUCAUCCACACACACCACACACCAACGCUUACUCGGUCCCUGAGUAUCCUCACCUCGCCUCCACUACGCCGGUCGCUCCAAACAUGCACGCAUCACUCGAUCGCGCUCAUCCCGCACACCGCGCCCGCCUCACGCCGCAAUGCUGA